AGACAGAGGCCACCUCAUCUCCUAUCGCCUCUCGGCCCUCCUCGCUGCUAUCGAUCCAAGAUUCCAAGCGCUUCUCCUCCGCUUCGUCUUCUUCCUCUGAGGCUCUUCGUCGAACACCUAACGGGGAAGAGAGAGAGAGAGAGAGUAGGAGAGAGGAGCGAUGGAGAGGGCAUAUAAAAAGGGCCGAGGAUUUGGGCCCGGGAUCGUCGAGCUCUAUCAUCGCGAGUUGGGGGGCCUCUCGCCGCGAUCCUUCGCCCAUCGCGUUGGGGCAUCUGAGGACCUUGUCAUGCGCCUUGGAAUUUAUAGAAAAUUGGACAGGCAUGGCGGCUGUGUGAACACAGUGAGCUUCAAUGCCGAUGGCAAUAUUCUCGCAUCGGGGUCUGAUGACCGGAUGGUGAUGUUAUGGGACUGGGAUGCUGGUGCCGUGAAACUGUCCUUCCAUUCAGGCCACUCGAAUAAUGUUUUUCAAGCUAAAUUCAUGCCUUAUUCAGAUGACCGUACCAUUGUUACUUGUGCUGCUGAUGGGGAGGUGAGAUAUGCCAAAAUACUAGAGAGUGGAAAUGUGGAUACUAAAUUGCUUGGUCAGCAUGAAGGACGGGCUCAUAAGCUGGCUAUUGAGCCUGGAAGCCCUCAUAUAUUUUACAGCUGUGGUGAAGACGGUCUUGUUCAGCACUUUGAUUUGAGGACACAGUCUGCCACAAAGCUAUUUAUAUGCAGAUCUUUUCCUGAUGGAUCAGAUUAUCAACCUGUCGUUCAUCUAAAUGCUAUUGCAAUAGACCCAAGGAACCCCAAUUAUUUUGCAAUUGCAGGAAGAGAUGAAUAUGCUCGAGUUUAUGACAUUCGGAAGUGUAAUUUGGAUGGAUCGACAGAGUGUGGUCAUCCUAUUAACAGCUUCUGCCCACCUCAUCUUAUUGGAAACGGGCAUGUUGGGAUAACUGGUUUAGCAUUCUCGGACCAGAGUGAGUUGCUCUCCUCGUACAAUUAUGAGCACAUUUACCUCUUCACAAAGGAUCGAGGUCUUGGGCCCAACCCAGUUAUUAAAUCACCUAAAUCUGACAGUACUGAUUCGAGUAAGGGGUCGAAGACGGUUUCAGCCGAGUCCGCAGAAAUUGCCGAUUCACAACCUGGCCCUCAGGUGUACAAGGGACAUAGCAAUUGUGAGACCGUGAAGGGUGUGAACUUUCUUGGCCCGAACUGCGAGUAUGUUGCUAGUGGAUCAGACUGUGGACGGUUGUUUAUUUGGAGAAAGAGAGAUGGGAAGCUCUUGCGAGCUAUGGAUGGCGACAAGUACGUGGUCAAUUGUAUUGAGCCUCAUCCUUAUGCCACUGUAAUUGCGAGUAGUGGAAUUGAAAAUGAUGUGAAGAUCUGGACUCCCAAUGCCACAGAGCCUGCCCACCCAGUAAACAUUAAUGAGUUGAAGCCCCAUGUAAGAAGGAAUGAGUUCGGCCGCGUCAACUUGCCAGAGAACUUGAUAGCUCAGAUGGUAGCACUUCACAGGCGACGAGCAAGUUUGAGACAAGAUGAUGGUGAAGAAACGACCAGCAACGCUGAUCUGGUAAAUCUUUUAUUGCAAUUUACUGUUGGAGAGCAUGAUUCUCCCUCUGAUGAAAGUGGAGACGGUUCCGACAGCCCUGGGGAUUGUAUAGUGAACUGAGCCAUAUAGAAACUUCUGAAAGUUGUACAUAGAAUAAGUCAUCCUUUUAUCAGAAUUAGGAGAUCUAUUUGUCGGUAAGAUGAAUUUUUGAGUUUCUUUUUCUUGGGCUAUGAAGAGGAUAUCUCCCUCACAGAUCGAGCGUUGUAUUGUAGAUCUACAACAAGCAUUUAGUAAAAUUUGGUGAUUGUUGGUGGAGCUUA